CGGAGGGUUGGCAAAGGAAAUUCGUAGGAUCACUGUUGCUAAGGAUUUUUUCCUAUCUGUCCCUUUGGUUCCCAAAAAAAUAAAGGAAAGAAUCCAUAGGAUUGCCGUUCCGUGGUCUGAUUUUAUAGGAAAUCUACCAAGAGGUCAGACCUCUUGGAACGAUUCCUGGUGGGAAUGUUCGCGCGUCGGGCUACUUUUCACCCGCGUCUGCUACCUUUCGCGCCGUUUUUCUAGUUUCUGGUUGACACUUCCAGACGUUUCCUUCCUCGUCGAUCUCGCAAAAAACUCAUCUGCUCCCCUUCCCAACGGUGACCACGGGCAAAAGGCAUUUGCUCCAUUUCGAUCUGCGACCUUCCCCACGGCGGACUACCAGUACUGCAAGGGGUGAUGUCGGGCAGAGGUCGUGCGCAGAUGAAUACUGCUGUUCAAGGUGACCUGUCUAAUGGGCGAUGUGUCAUGAAUGUUGACAGUGAGCGAGAUACUACUGAGCCUACUACUGAAAUUGGAACCACCCGGAAGAGGGCCAAAUGGAGCCAUGAGAUGAAAUUGUUUCUUAUUGGGCUUCUCAAAGAUCAUGAUGUGCCAGGUUUUAGAACACAUAAUGCUUGGAGUAAGGAAGCAUGGACAAAUAUUGUUUGUCACCUGAAUGCAAAAUUUGGUUGUUCAUUUACUCUCAACCAAGUCAAACAGAAGGAGCAGGACUUAAAGAAGGACUAUCGUGUUGUGAAAGAAUUACAAGAAGAAAGUGGUUUUGGAUGGGACAAUGAAAGGAAUAUGGUGACAGCACCUCCAAAUGUUUGGGCCAGUUUUGCUGCUCGUAAGAACAAUACUGAUGCCCUCACAUGGCAAGAUAAAUCAUUCCCAUAUUUUGAUGAUUUAUUUUCACUCUAUGAUGGUCGUUACGCAGAAGGGAGAACUCGUCAUGGUAUGGAUCAUUAUGCGAACAAGGCAAAGAAUGCACCAGCUCCUUCAACUCAACAAGCACCAGCAACUGAUACAUAUCAGUCACCAUCUCCUACUUGGGCUACUCAAUGUGACUCUGGUUUGCAGUUUCAUUUUGAUGAAGAGGCUGAUGUGAUUCCUAUGCAGCACAUGAAAACUCCUCCUAGUUCAACACCAACACCUAUAGAAGCAGAAUCUCGACGUGGAAAGAAACAAAAGACUAAACCUGGUAGCCCCGAAGAAGGAUUUUAUGAGAGGUAUCUAAAGCUGAAAAGGGAAGAAAUUGAUAGAUUUGCUGCUAUCGAGGAAAAGAAAUUGGAGGAUCCUUACAGCAUCAACAAGUGUAUCAUAGUGCUUGAAGGCUUAAAUGACCUACAUAUGGGGGACAUAUUAUUGGCUUCUGAUAUAUUCCAAAACAAGAAUAACAGGGAAGUUUUCUUAUCAUUUCAAGGUGAUGCACUUAGAUUGGCUUGGGUUAAAAGGGAGAUUAAGCGUUUGCAGGCUGAGCAAAACUACUGAGGACGUUUUCACUGAUGCUUUUGUUUGGGAUAUAUAAAGGGCAUCCAACUUAUCACUAAUUAGGGGUACAAUAGUAGUAGGACUACAAUAGUACUAAGAGUACAAACUAAGUCCUGCGGGCUACAUAUUGUUCCCACAUCUGAUGUGCUAUAUCAUCUCUCUUUCGAUUUCCAGCUUCUCUAGAAUUAUUAAACAUCUGUAUAUCACUGUUAUAGUGUUGGUCACCACUUGGCACUUCGACAAUCUGUUCUGGAUCUAACUCAUCAUUGGAAUUAGUUGGCCACUGCAUAUCUCCAUUAUGUAGGCGUAUGAAGUUGUGUAGAACACAACAAGCAACUGAUAUAUCAACUUGCUUAUUAACUGGAUAGUGUGAGCCAGUCCUUAGUAUAGGAAACCUCAUUUUCAAUAUACCAAUUGACCUCUCAA